AGGACUCGAUGUGGUUCCGUUAUAAGAGAGGUGUGUUUACGCGUUUUUUUAUUUCGAACCGGUAUAACGCGUUUCAAUAAAGUCCUGUCAUGAGUGAAAAUCAUCGAGAAUAGUAUUUACAUUGGAAAACAAACGAAACUCAUAAAUUUUUUCCUUUAUCGAGCUCAUAAUUUUUUAUUAUCGUAAUCAUCGUUUUCGAUCGAUCGAUUGACGUCUACUUUCGAUAUAAAUCGAUCGUAACGCAUGCUCGCGAAUGCCGACGGUAAACGUACGCGGUACGGAAUCCGCUGAUAGAAGACUAAAAAUGGACGGGCUAUGUCGUUUUGUCGACCCAGUGACAUUCCCGGCGGAUUUUUUUAUUUCUAGAUAAGCUGACUUUAGAUAAGAUUUUUCUUUUAUUUUUGUUUAGUUUUCCCUUUCUUUUAUUUUCUUUCGUUUUUUACUUUAUCACUCUCAAAGGACAUUUCUACAAAUUAACGAAAACGAAUAACGGUAAUCCUACGUGUACGCACGUGACACCGCUCUCACGGUGAUAGUUUUAUCAAGACGCGUGAUAUCGAAUCGAAAAAUCGAUUUAUACCGAAAGGAUAUCCAGAGUUUUCGAUUUGAACUUAUCUUCAGAGCUUUCCAAGGAUUGUCUUGUGAAUUUAUGAGUGUUAAAAAUCGGUUUCAUUGAUUCGAGUGCGAGGAUCCACCAUUUCUACUCGAUAAUUAUUAGUUAUUCUUGUGACCGAGUCCAAAGGUUCUUUAAUAAAAAUACGACGAUGCUUUUAUCAUCGUUUUAACCUAAACGUAGAAGAUAUUACGUAAUUUGGAGAUAUUUUACUUCAGAAAGAAGAUAAUACUAAUCGAACGCAUUACUUCGAAUAAUAAUUCUUCAGCACUGCCAACGGAACAGAAAAAUUUUACCGAGUUUUCAUCAUUAUACUGCCAUCAUCGAGCCACAUAAAGCUAAAAAGAGGAUUAUACAAUUUUCUCAAAUUCGACUUGAAGUUUUGUCAAAAAGUGUUAAAGGAUCAAAGUUUUAUCAUUAUCUUUUAAAAGAAUAUUUCCUUUGCCGAGAAUCCUUUUGGGAUUCAAUCCCUCUGGAAGGGUCGAAAAGAAGGAAAACGAGAGAAAAAGAAGACGAGAUAUAAGAAGAAAGUGAGAAUGUCCAGAACGCAAUGCUGCGACGGCAGCGAACGUAUUGCUGGACGAAUGAACGAAGGAGGGAAGAGAGAAAACGAAAGGAAGGUUCGUGGUUGCAAUUAGUAAUGCCAUUUCGAAACUGUCCCAUGUUUAUGGAAUGCUAGCACUCAGGAAGCAUAAGAAGAGUAUAGACAAGGAAGAGUAGAAAAAGGAAGAUAGAAAAAACUAAAGGAAACGUGUUCUUUUUUUGUUAUUUUGUGAAUUGUGAACGAGAGAAAAAGAGAAAGAAGGAAGGAGGUAUAGAGAGCAAGAGAGAAAGAGAGAGAGAGAGCAAAAACGAGAGAGAGAGAGAGAGAGAGAGAGAGAGAGAGAGAAAGAAGGAAGGAAGAGUGAAAGAGGGAACAAGAAGAGAAAAGAGAAAAAAAUGUGGUGGAGGUGCCGGUGGAACUUUGCUAGCAUCGCAUCGACGAUGCAAUCCGCGACGAAUGGUAGCAGCACUACAACCACGACCACAGUUUUGUUGGUCCUGGGAGUGGCCUCGGUCUACUCGCAGGUCGACGUAUCUGAUCUGGAUAAGCCCGUGCCAAUUACUACGAUAGAAGGUGUGGUCGGAAAUAAAGUGCAGCUACCGUGCGAUAUACAUGCGCCCAACGACGACAACGUCAACAUGGUGCUCUGGUUCAAGGAAGAUGGGGGUGAUCCGAUUUAUAGCUUUGACGUACGCGGUCGUCGACAAUUCAACAAUGCUCAACUUUGGUCAUCGCCAACGGCAUUGGGAUCAAGAGCUUUUUUUAUCACGGCUACGAAUCCGGCACAUCUCAGCAUCGAUCGCCUCGAGGCCAAGGACGAAGGAAUCUAUCGAUGUAUGGUGGAUUUUAAGAACACUCCAACUGAAAAUCAAAAGAUGAACUUGACCGUAAUUGUGCCUCCUUCGAAGCCCGAGAUUCUGGACAGCACGACGAAGGACAUAUCGAGGAUCAAGGAACCCUACAACGAGGAUAGCGAUGUGAAACUAAUCUGCCAGGUUAGAGGUGGCAAGCCACCUCCAAAGCUGACGUGGUACCUCGACAACAACGUGAUAGACGAGUCCUAUAGCUACGACCGCGAGUUUGCGCUUACGGUUAACCACUUGUCGUACCCGAGAGUCGGCCGGCAACAUCUCAACGCAAGGCUGAUCUGUCAGGCCAGCAACACCAACUUGGUGCCGCCACAGAGCAGGGUCCUCGUUCUCGACAUGAAUCUGAAGCCGAUGCAUGUUCAGAUAUUAACGAAAGAGGAACGAGUUUCGGCAGAGAAGAACUACAAGGUGGAAUGUACAACGACCGGAUCAAGGCCUACAGCGGUGAUUACCUGGUGGAAAGCGAAUAGACCGAUUAAGAAGAUGGCACAGAGUUAUCCUCUGGACAAUAAUCAUACUAUGAGCAUUCUGAGCUUCGUACCGAGUAUCGAUGAUGACGGAAAGUAUCUAACUUGCCGUGCUGAGAACCCGUUGAUUCCCGACAGUGCUAUGGAGGACAAGUGGCGAUUGGAGGUGCACUAUCAACCGGUGGUGACUUUGAGGAUGGGAGAGACACUUAAUCCAGAUGACAUCAAAGAGGGUGACGACGUGUACUUUGAGUGCAUAGUGAAAGCAAAUCCUAAAGUGUACAAACUCGCUUGGUUCAAAGACGGUAAAGAGUUGAAGAACAAUGCCACAGCCGGCGUCAUUCUCAGCGACCACUCGUUGGUGCUUCGAGGCUUAACUCGACAUUCUGCCGGCGACUAUACCUGUCUAGCCGCAAAUAGCGAGGGCAAGACCGCUAGUAAUCCCGUGACCCUUCAAAUAAUGUAUACGCCGGUCUGCAAAGAGGGUAAAAGCGAGGUUGUGGUUGGUGCUCUCAAGCAGGAAACGGUUUCUUUGGUUUGCGCGGUGGAGAGUCAUCCACCACCGUUGACCUUUCAUUGGACUUUCAAUAAUUCCGGAGAGUUGAUGGAGAUGCCACAUUCGCGGUACUCUCAUGCAUCAGUAGCCGGAACUCCGUCAGUCGUGGAGAGUCUGAAAGAGUAUCAACAAUUCCAUGGUUCGAGACUUAACUAUACACCCACGACGGAAAUGGAUUACGGUACAGUCGCAUGUUGGGCUACUAACCAGGUCGGCAAGCAAAGAUCGGCGUGCCUUUUUCAGGUGAUAGCGGCUGGUCGUCCCUACCCUUUACACAACUGCACCACUACGGAACUGUCAGCACCCUCGGACGUAGAGGAGCUUGGCACGAAAUCAGGAACCGGUCUAAUCGUACGUUGCUUAGAUGGUUACAACGGAGGCCUACCUAUCCAUAGCUAUCAAUUAGAGGUUGUAGCCGAAGAGGAUGGAGUUUCGAUUCUAUUGAACAAAACAGUACCGGCCAAUCCGAAUGGAGCCAUCUUUGAGGUCACUGGCCUCACGACCGGCAAAAGUUACCGUCUCUAUCUCUACGCUAUUAACGCCAAAGGUAGAAGCGAUUCCACCAUAUUGGAGCCUGUCACGCUUAAGGGCGUCGCCAUGUAUAAAACUGGCAACACGGAUGCAUCGAUGCUGAGUCCAUUGCUACUGGGUCUGGCAGCUACGGCGACCCUUUUGGCCCUGGCCGUAGCUGGUAUCCUGGCGGCGCUCUACCGGAAGCAUUCGAACGGCCGUGCCGGAAGUCCAAAGCACGCUCCGAUCGUGUGCGAGCCACCUAAUGCAGGUGCAACCACCCCAGUGCACCCUCAGACCAAGCAGGCGGUCGAUGACAUCGAUCCGGACAUCAUACCGAACGAAUACGAAAGAAGACCUUUAACGUAUACACCCGUCUACAAGACACCACCUCAACGAAGAAAAAAGGAUCGAGUCACGGAUGAAACAAUUUCGCCUGAGAAAAGACCAAUCGUUCAGCACGGUUUGGAUCUACCAUCGGAUCCUGUACUUGCCGAUUGCCUUUCAACACCUGCCAUUAACUAUCCGCAAAAUCAUGUCACCCAUCAGACAAUUUAUGGCCAUCAGCCAACCAUGGCCGACUUCAAGCAAAUGGCGAUGGACGCCUAUAAUCAACGUAAUAACCAAAAUGUGUAUUACAGCCUUCAAAGGGCGAGCAAAUGUUUAUCGUCGAUGCCGCAGAGGCCGGUCUCUUCGUCAAUUUCUGCUCAGGGGAAAUUUCAUCAGCCGGAAGUGGUGACGCGCUCAAAUCGAAUACAAGAGAGCUGUAUAUAAUAAGAGAGUGCCCAUUCUCUCUUACAUUCUCAUUUUUCUUUUUUUUUUCUUUUUCCCAUUUUACUUUUUCUCUUCUCAUGGUAAUGCCACGUGUACGGAGUAUCAUAGAAAUGUUUGGACAAUUUUUUUUUUUUUUUUUUAAUUAAUUAA